UUCUUCAGACGCAAUUGAAAAAUGUACAGCAAACAAGACAUCACCUCCUAUUCUGCUCAACCGGUCAUAUCUAAAGAUUUCAAAUUCGCUAUUGAAUAUCUCAAUAUCAAAAAUGUGGGGCUUUAGACAGGUUUAUGUGAAAGCAAUGAUUUUAAAAUUACAAAUAAUUUUUUUGAAUCAACGGGUGAAGAUGAAAACACAAACUCAGGAGAUAAUAUUAUUCAGCCUUAUCGUGGACUUCGUGUCAACGCCAUUCCCAAUGAAAAAAUUCUCAAAUUUGUGUUUUUCUUAUCGUGAACUUCACAUGGGAAAAAUUUCCCAUAUUCGAAAAUAUUCUCAAACCGUAAAAGUAUUUCUUUUCAUGUGAAAACCUAAAAUUCGUUCACAAAGGCAUUGAGAAGGAACAAAUUUCCAUUAAAAUGUACAGCUGACGUAUUUGGUCAACAUCAUGUCGGAAAAUCCUAAUAUAGGAAAAGGAUUUCAGAAGGAGAACAAGGAAAAUGUAAAUUCAUAUUGGAAGAAGUUGUAUGAUUUCCUCAACAGCAUGGGGCCGCCAUUGAAAUCAAAUGCAGAAUGGAAAAAGAUAGACCAGAAGGGAUGUAUGCGGAAAAAUAAAAAAACACCGGCGAAGGACUGUGUAAAGAGUAUGCAUUCUCUGUUCUGGCACAGUCAAUUUUGGAUUUAUCAGCGACAAUAGAAAGCGUGGAAGGUUUAGAUGGUAAAAGGGUUUUAUUUUACAAGCUAGCUCAUCUAACGCAAUUGAUAGCAACCAGUGUGAAACAACCAAGAACGAAGAAUGUGAUGUAGACACAGAUACAGAAGACUAAAGUUUUUUGAAUAGAAGUGAAACUCCAACGGAAAAUACAAGUACCACCCUUGUUCACAAGUCGAAACGACAAACACAGAAAAAAACAAAUACUUCUGAACUACUGAGAAUGGAACUGCAAAUACA